AUGUUCCCCAUCAUUGUGCACCAUGCAAAAAGCCUCAUGAAAAAUAUCCAAGCAAAAGCGGAGAGGGAAGAACUGCUGGACAUUAAAGACCUCUUCGGCGCCUACAGCAUGGACGUCGUCACCAGCACCUCGUUUGGCGUGACCACCGACUCCAUGAACAACCCCAAGGACCCCUUUGUCAAGGAGGCCCAGAAGCUCGUCAAGUUUGAUUUCGCUUCCCCGCUCUUCGUUUUGUUGUACGUCUUCCCAUUCCUAACUCCUCUGCUGAGGAAGAUGGGCAUGAGCAUUUUCCCCCGGGACGCCACCAAGUUCUUUGCCAAAUCAGUUGCCAAAAUCAAGGCGAAUCGGGAGAAAGGGAGUGAAACGAGGAGAGUGGAUUUCUUACAACUGAUGAUCGACUCCCAAAAAUCAAACACCACGAAUGGGAGCAAUGGGGUAGCUCACUCCAAUAAAGCUUUGACCGACAGCGAGAUUCUGGCACAAGCGAUUAUCUUUAUCUUUGCGGGAUAUGAGGCAACCAGCAACAUCCUCGGUUACCUGGCUUACGAAUUAGCGAUCCACCCUGACGUCCAGCAGAAAUUGCAGGAGGAGAUCGACUCAGCUCUGCCCAAUAAGGCUCCUCUUACCUAUGAGGCCGUCAUGCAAAUGGAAUACCUUGACAUGGCAGUGAACGAAAUCCUCCGGCUGUACGCGCUUGGCGGGCGGAUUGAAAGGCUGUGCAAGAAAGACGUGGAGAUAAACGGCAUCACCAUCCCAAAAGGGACGGUUGUGAUGAUUCCACCGUAUGUCCUGCAUCUUGACCCAGAAUAUUGGCCGGAACCCAAAGAAUUUAGACCCGAAAGGUUCAGUAAGGAGGUGAAAGAGAAAAUAGAUCCCUACGUGUUCUUGCCUUUCGGAGCUGGUCCCAGAAAUUGCAUUGGAAUGAGGUUUGCCGUCCUUGUAAUGAAGACGGUUAUCGUCGAUCUGCUGCAGCAUUUCCACUUCAAGCCCUGCAAGGAAACGCCGAUCCCUCUGGUGCUGACAUCGAGAGGAUUCACAAGACCGGCCAAACCUAUCAUCCUGAAAUUUGUUCCCAGAGUCGGCCCCACGCAGUAG